UUACUUAUAAAUUGCCCUGCUCGGAGUCCCAGAGACCUCUGAGCGUUGAGUCCAAAUCAUAGAAUGGACCCGGUUGCUUUUGCUGCGCCACUACACUGUUAACUACACGAAAGCCCCGUAAACCCUUUCUCUUUCUCUGCAUUCCACGUAUCAUAACCCGCGCAAUUGAUUUUCCCUCCGCCCCAAAGAACCCAGCUUUGUGUGCAGACAGCAAUGGAAAUUAACUCGAUUUCCAAGUUGGUCUUCUUCUUUGGUUUGGUCUGGUUUCUGGGUUUGGGUUUCCAGACGGUCCAGUGUAGCGUGACCUACGAUAGGAAGGCCAUGGUCAUCAAUGGGCGAAGGAGAAUUCUCUUCUCUGGCUCUAUACAUUAUCCCAGAAGUACUCCAGAGAUGUGGGAGGACCUGAUACAGAAGGCAAAAGAUGGAGGUCUGGAUGUCAUUGAAACCUAUGUUUUCUGGAAUGUUCAUGAGCCUUCUCCUGGCAAUUAUAAUUUCGAAGGGAGAUAUGAUUUGGUGAGAUUCAUGAAGACCAUACAAAAAGCAGGGCUCUAUGCCCAUCUCCGCAUUGGACCUUAUGUUUGUGCGGAGUGGAAUUUUGGAGGAUUUCCCGUUUGGCUCAAGUAUAUCCCGGGCAUCAGUUUCAGAACAGACAAUGAACCUUUUAAGAGGGCAAUGCAAGGGUUCACUGAGAAGAUUGUGGGACUGAUGAAGACGGAAAACCUGUUUGAGUCCCAGGGUGGCCCCAUCAUACUCUCUCAGAUUGAGAAUGAGUAUGGGGCACAGAGUAAGUUACUCGGGGCUGCUGGUCACAAUUACAUGACUUGGGCGGCAAAUAUGGCUCUUGAAUUGGGAACUGGGGUCCCCUGGGUGAUGUGCAAGGAAGAAGAUGCCCCAGAUCCAGUGAUAAACACAUGCAAUGGUUUUUACUGUGAUGCAUUCUCUCCCAACAAACCCUACAAGCCCACGAUGUGGACAGAGGCUUGGAGUGGCUGGUUUUCGGAAUUUGGUGGUCCACUCCACCAGCGACCAGUCCAGGAUUUGGCUUUUGCGGUUGCUCGAUUCAUACAGAAAGGAGGAUCUUUGGUUAACUACUACAUGUACCAUGGAGGAACCAAUUUUGGACGUACAGCUGGGGGUCCUUUCAUCACUACAAGCUAUGACUAUGAUGCUCCAAUAGAUGAAUACGGUUUGAUUCGGCAACCAAAGUAUGGCCAUCUGAAGGAGCUUCAUAGGACAAUUAAGAUGUCUGAGCAAGCUUUGGUUUCAGCCGAUCCUAUUGUGACAUCGUUAGGGAGCUUUCAACAGGCUCAUGUAUACUCAUCAGAAUCAGGAGAUUGUGCAGCUUUUCUUUCAAAUUAUGACACAAAGUCAACCGCAAGAGUGAUGUUCAAUAACAUGCACUAUAAUUUGCCCCCCUGGUCCAUCAGCAUCCUUCCCGAUUGCAGAAAUGUAGUCUUCAAUACAGCAAAGGUUGGAGUUCAAACAUCACAAAUGGAAAUGUUGCCAACAAAUGCUGAGAUGUUCUCAUGGGAGAGCUAUGAUGAAGAUAUUUAUUCUCUGGAUGAUAGCUCAACAAUCACUGCCCCUGGUCUCUUGGAGCAGAUAAAUGUCACAAGGGAUACUAGUGAUUAUCUCUGGUACAUAACUAGUGUUGAAAUUGGCCAAUCUGAAUCCUUCCUUCGUGGAGGUGAACUCCCCACUCUAAUUGUUCAAUCAACUGGCCAUGCUGUCCAUGUCUUUGUUAACGGACAGCUUUCAGGCUCUGCGUUCGGGACAAGGGACAUUAGGAGAUUCACUUAUACCGGCAAGGUUAAUCUACGCGCUGGAACAAACAGAAUUGCACUGCUGAGUGUUGCCGUUGGUUUGCCGAACGUGGGUGGCCAUUUUGAGUCAUAUAACACGGGAAUCCUUGGUCCAGUGGCACUGCAUGGACUUGACCAGGGAAAGUGGGACUUAUCCUGGCAGAAAUGGACCUACCAGGUGGGGCUAAAAGGAGAAGCCAUGGACCUAGUUUCUCCAAAUGCCAUUUCCUCUGUUGAAUGGAUGCAGGGAUCAUUAGCUGCACAGAAACAACAGCCAUUGACUUGGCAUAAGACAUAUUUCAAUGCACCAGAAGGAGAUGAACCACUGGCCUUGGACAUGGAGGGUAUGGGCAAAGGUCAAAUAUGGAUUAAUGGGCAGAGUAUUGGGAGAUAUUGGACUGCAUAUGCUAGCGGUAAUUGCAAUGGUUGCAAUUAUGCUGGAACAUUUAGACCUCCAAAGUGUCAGCUGGGUUGUGGCAAGCCCACUCAACGAUGGUACCAUUUGCCUCGGUCUUGGUUGAAGCCAACACAAAAUCUGUUGGUGAUCUUUGAGGAACUUGGAGGAAAUCCCUCAAGCAUUUCUCUUGUGAAGAGAUCAAUGGCCAGUGUUUGUGCUGAGGUCACAGAGUACCAUCCUACCUUUAAGAAUUGGCACAUUGAAAGCUAUGGAAAAUCAGAAGAGCUACACAGACCUAAGGUUCACCUGCGGUGUAGUCAGGGGCAGAGCAUAUCUUCCAUUAAGUUUGCCAGCUUUGGAACUCCUCUAGGAACUUGUGGGAGUUACCAGCAAGGAGCAUGCCAUGCCCCAACCUCAUAUGCUAUCUUAGAGAAGAAGUGCAUAGGGAAGCAGAGAUGCACGGUGACAAUAUCCAACAGUAACUUUGGGCAAGACCCAUGUCCAAAUGUGAUGAAGAGGUUAUCAGUUGAAGCUGUUUGUGCUCCUAUGACUACCACAAAUUGGGGUGAUUAAACAGGUGAAAAAGAGGCUAGAACUACUCAUAAAUGUUCCAUCUGACUUUAACUACUUAUAUAGAGGCAAGAGAAGCAAGGAAAGAAGAAUAAAAAAAAGAAGAAUAGGAGAAAGGUUUCUAGUUUGUUAGGUGUGAGUGAAUCCUCAUGUCAGAUGGAUAGUAGCUCUGGCCAAGUGUUUGCUGCUGAAAGCAAUUAGUUUUUAAUUUAAGUAGGGCCAAUGGACUUUGUGUAAAAUAGUGAUUGUUAGGUAGGCGAGUUUGUAAAUACCCGGGGUCCUACAAUUUGGAACCUGUGGUAAUUUCAGAGCCCCAGUCCUCGACCUUUUAACCGGAAAUGGGCACUGGGAAAAGGGUGGUUUGAUGUUUAUGCUAGUGUGAUUUAUAGUUGCCUGUAUUUCUUGGGGAAAAUCAAAACCCAAUUAGGUUCAUGUUGGGAGCGGAUCCUAAUAUGGUUACUGUUUUCUGUGCAAGCAGUUUUCUUAAUUUAAAGUCAAUUCCAUGACCAUCCUACUUCAUGGUGGUACCUUUUGGUGACUUUUUGCA